CGACUGCUUCCACCGACUCCCCGACCAUCCGAGUUCCCGACGGUGGUGAAAUCACUUCUUGUGACGAGGUUACUUGGAUUAUGCGGUAGCUUUUGGGUAUUCAUAUUGGGUCAUCGACGAAAACUUCUACCAGACGACCUCCUCCUCGACCUCCCUGCUUCUCUUUGUCCCACGAUUCCACCCUCCCGACUUCGACCUCCACGGCCAUCAUGAACGACCUCUCUGCCACCCUUUCGGGCAAGCCCAAGCUGCAGCUCCUCUGGCCCGAACACCUCAACUUGCCCUUCCUCAACACCAUCCCCCACCGAUAUGGAAUUGGCCGCCGGCGCAGCAAGUCAAAGUCAAGAGCCCACCCGGGUGUCGACGACAUCACCACCUUGAAGACCUCCUUCAAUGCUUGGGACGGCUUGCGUGAUCUCCAAAAGCACAAGUGGUGCACGUCGGAUCUGCAGUACCUCUUUCUGGCCAUGUUGGCUCUCUUCUCGCUCUGGGUCGCUCCCCCUGCACCCGGAGUCAAGACUCUCGCCGUUCUCCUCAGUGUCUGGGUCAUCGCCAUGCCCGCUACGCGACAGUUCUUCCUUCCAUCGUCGAUGAUUUGGAUUUGGUUGUUGUAUUUCUUCUGCAGCCGGUUUAUCCCCUAUGAUUAUCGCCCCCAUAUCUGGGUUCGCGUUCUUCCCGCUCUGGAGAACGUCCUCUACGGCGCAAACCUCUCCAACAUCCUAUCCGCUCACCAACAUCCUUUUCUCGACAUCCUUGCCUGGCUCCCCUACGGCAUAAUGCACUUCGGUGCCCCCGUCGUCGUCUCCCUAAUUAUGUUCAUUUUUUCCGCCCCAGGCUCGACCCCGGUCUUCGCACGAACUUUCGGCUGGAUGAGCAUCCUUGGUGUUACCAUUCAGAUCCUUUUCCCCUGCACGCCGCCUUGGUAUGAAAACGAGCACGGCCUGGUCCCGGCCGCCUACGGCAUGCCCGGAUCACCCGCCGGUCUCGCUCGCAUUGACAAAAUCUUCGGAAUUGACCUCUACACAACCAACUUCACGAGUGCGCCGCUGCCGUUCGGUGCAUUCCCCUCGCUCCAUGCCGCCAAUGCCGUUCUCGAGGCUCUCUUCAUGUCCCACUGCUUCCCGCAGUUCCGAACCUUCUUCAUCGUGUACGCUGGUUGGGUCUGGUGGGCUACUAUGUACCUCAGCCACCACUAUGCGAUUGAUCUGGUCUGUGGAGGUCUCAUCGCCGCUACUUUCUUCUACGUGGCCAAGGCCCGAUGGUUGCCUCAGCGUCAGGAGGACAAGAUGACCCGAUGGGACUACGAAAUUGUGGAGUACGGCGAUCGCCAGAAGAACACUGACGAGGAGUAUGGCGAGUACUUUGGCCUUGGUCUGUUGGAUCGCCGCAGGGCCGACUCAAGCGACGGGUGGACUGUCGGUAGCAGCUCCAGCUGCAGCUCCACCAGCGGCACCCUAAGCCCAACCCUCUCGGAAGAGGCCAUCCCAGGAAUGUUGAUGGAUAUGGACAACGCUCAGCUCUGGGACGGCCACACCCCCCCGCGAGACGUCGACCUAAGCGAAGUGGUUGUGUCACGGUAGACCGGCUCGAUCCAAUCCACGUUCCCGGACGCGAUCACCAGCCUCCCUCGACACGAC